CUUUAUUUUUGUAUUUUCUUUCCCUCAAUAUUAAUUCUCCUUAUUUAUUUAUUUAUUCUUCUAAAUUCUUCUUCGUCUCAAUAUAAAUUCCACCGUUUCCUUGCUCUGAUUUGAUUCAAAAGAGAACACUUUUCUACAACGCUAAAACUCUCUUAUCUUAACUUCUUAUUCUUUCUGCUUUACUUUGCUUUGCUUUGCUAUUCUCUGCUCUGCUCUCUUGUUUGGUUUGAUUGGACCGAUAUGUCGAAGAACGUUCUGGUGUCCGGCGGAGCAGGUUAUAUUGGGAGCCACACGGUGUUGCAGUUGCUGUUAGACGGUUACAGAGUGGUGGUCGUUGAUAAUCUGGACAAUUCCUCCGACGUUGCUAUCGAAAGAGUUAAAGAGCUCGCCGGCGAACUCGCCAAAAACCUUUCUUUUCACAAGGUGGAUCUUCGGGAUAGACCGGCACUCGAAGAAGUUUUCGCCGAGACAAAGUUUGAUGCUGUGAUUCACUUCGCCGGACUAAAAGCAGUCGGUGAAAGUGUACACAAACCGUUGCUCUAUUACGACAACAAUCUUAUCGGGACGAUCACACUGUUGGAAACAAUGGCUGCACACGGAUGUAAAAAUCUCGUGUUUUCGUCGUCGGCUACCGUUUAUGGCUGGCCGAAGGAGGUUCCAUGUACCGAGGAGUCCCCUUUGGCCGCAGCCAAUCCAUAUGGACGAACCAAGCUUUUCAUAGAAGAGAUCUGUCAAGAUCUCCGUCGUUCUGAUUCUGAAUGGAAGAUCAUACUUCUAAGAUAUUUUAAUCCGGUUGGUGCACAUCCUAGUGGCUACAUAGGUGAGGAUCCCCGGGGCACUCCGAACAAUCUCAUGCCUUUCGUGCAACAAGUUGCUAUUGGGAGGCAACCGGCAUUGACAGUGUUUGGAAAUAAUUACUCGACAAAGGACGGUACAGGGGUACGUGACUACAUUCACAUCGUUGAUUUAGCAGACGGCCACAUUGCUGCAUUACGUAAACUAUCUGAUCCGAAAAUAGGAUGUGAGGUCUACAAUUUAGGUACCGGAAAGGGAACAUCGGUUUUGGAGAUGGUUGCUGCAUUCGAGAAGGCAUCCGGAAAGAAAAUUCCUUUGGUGAUGGCGGGACGUCGACCCGGUGAUGUUGAAACUGUUUAUGCUUCAACGAAGAAGGCUGAGCAUGAAUUGAAUUGGAAGGCAAAAUACGGCAUCGAGGAGAUGUGCAGGGAUCAAUGGAACUGGGCCAGCAAGAACCCGUAUGGAUACGCAUCUCCGAACUUGAAUUAACUCGGUGCCAAUACUUUUGUCAGGUCACACAAUACCUAUGAGAUUAGAUUUUCUUAACUUUAUACAGAUUUAAUUGAGUUGAUUUAUCAUUUUAGAUGAUUUAUAAAGAAUAAGGUGGGAAUUUGUUUUGAUCAAAGCUUUGUGUAGUCUUUUAAACAAGUUGCUGCCGUUGGUGAUUGUUGUCAAAAGGGAGUCAAAAAUGAAAAAACCUUAGAACUAUUUUUAGUAACACUAUCCUCGUUGUCUUGUGUCUUUAUUUUGUUCAUCUUUUGUAUUGCUAUGGGGAGGGAAGGGGCCAGGCCACCGCUAUGAACGGCAGAAAGCAACGUUAAUACCACUGGUUCCAUGGGCCAAGGCCCAUGGCAGGUAGGGUCAAAGUACAACGGCUUUUAAUGCUUCAAAUAAUUAAAAUUUAAAAUUUAAAAUUUUAAGAGGUUUAUGAGUAAUUUUAUAUUAAUAGUCAUCUAGAUACUACUCACUGUUAUUGGUUGGCUUAGGAAGAAGAUAUUUACAAUUUUUUACACGAAAAAUCAUUUACAAUUUUAAAGGAUUUAUUAGUAAUUUAAAUUUUAUAUAAGUGCUCACUACUAAAAGUGAUUGAAAAUGUUGAAAGGAAUCAAAGGCUUAAACUUGAGUAAAGAAUCCCCCAUUAUUAAGGUCAAAUAUUGAGUAAAUAAUAAAUUUAAAUUGUUUGUAAGAGAAAAUAGUAAAUUAGAUAACUUGGGACUAAAAAUUAUCCUAUAAAAUUUAGAUGGUUUGAUUGGUAGUCUAGAUUCGAGUUUUAUUAUGUGUAAUAAUUAUAUGUUAAUUUUUUAAAAUUAUUUUGAGUUUCAAUUCACUAUGUGUAAGUAUUGUUAAGAUUUAUUCUACUUUAGAUUUAAAUA